AUGGCUAGUUCAAGCAACUCAUCAGAAAUCAGAGUUCCAAUAUUCAAUGGAGAGAACUUUGACCUCUGGAUGAUCAAGAUGAGAACAAUGUUCAUCUCACAUGAACUAUGGAGUUAUGUGGAUGAAGGCUAUACAGUUCCAGAAAUUGAAAACAUGUCUAUUGCUCAGAAAUUGGAGCUAAAGAAAAAAAUAAAGAAAGAUGCAAAAGCUCUAGGCAUACUGCAAAACUCAGUCUCAGAAGAGAUCUUUCCAAGAAUCUCAAAUGAAGAAACAACCAAAGCAGCUUGGGAUGUUCUGCUACUUGAGUUCAAAGGCUCAGAAAAAGUUAGAGUUGUUAAACUUCAAUAUUUGAGAAGAGAUUUUGAGUAUACUAGAAUGAAUGAAACUGAGCUGCUAAAUGAUUACAGUACUAGACUGACUGAUAUUGUAAAUCAAAUGAAAACCUAUGGUGAAUCCAUUACAGAGAAAAGAGUAGUACAAAAGAUCUUUAUGAGUCUAAAUAGAAAAUAUGAUGCUAUAAUCUAUAUUAUAGAGGAGACUAGGGAUAUGGAAACUCUUGGUGUACAAGAUGUGAUGGGAACACUUAGGCUUUUGAUGAGAGGUUAA